AUGAAGACCUUCACCUCCAUCCAGCUGGCCGCUGCCGGCAUUCUCUCGCUCGCCUCCGUGGCUACUGCCAUCCCGGCAUGUGCUGUCAACUGUUUCUCAAGCGUCCUCACUGAGCACCCUCCCCUGACUUGCACCUUGCCCGACAUGUAUUACUGCUUCUGCGCCCUACCCGACAUGCAGGGCUUCUUCAUUUCAUGCGCUCGUUCCACCUGCGCUAAUGACGCUUCCGCGGGAGAAGCCAUCCAGUUUGGUGUUGAUCUGUGCUCUGAGCUUGGCUACACCAUCACCGUACCACCUGCAACUCCCUCGACCACCUCUGUUGUUAUCUCCUCUAGCACCAGUGUUGUCCAGACCACCUCCGCUGUCGUCUCCAGCAGCAGUGCUGUCCAGAGUACCUCAGCUGUUGUCUCCAGCAGCAACGUCGUCCAGUCUACCUCCUCUACUCAGCUGCCCGGCUCAACUAGCGCUGCUAGCUCUGCCGUUCAGUCAUCCUCUGCUGCUGCUUCAUCUGGAUCUGCUUCCGCCUCUGGAUCCGCCUCUGCCUCUGCAUCGGCUUCCACAUCUGCUUCUUCCUCAGCCUCCGUUUCGGGCUCUGCUUCUGCUUCCCGAUCCGCCUCAGCCUCUGGAGCUGCUUCUUCCUCCGCUACUCCAUCUUCCAACCCAUCCCAGGGUGGUUCCAGCACCACCCCUGCCAGCGUCACCCCUCAGUCGACCACGACCAAGGCUGCCGCGUCCACCACCCAGGCCGGUUCCGACCUGACCACCAAGACCAUCUACGACACCCAAGUCCAGACUGUCACCUCCUGCGCUCCCACCGUGACCAACUGCCCCGUCGGCCAGGUCACCACCGUCGUCGUCCCCGUCACCACCACGGUCUGCCCGGCCUCCGAGAAUUACGCCAUCUCCACCGUCUACACCACCAGCGUCCGCACCGUCACCGCCUGCCCUGCCUCCGUGACCGACUGCUCCGUCGGCAAGGUCACCACCGAGACCGCCCCGGCCUACACCACCAUCUACCCCGUCACCUCCGCCCAGCAGGGCUCCGACUCCAGCGUCGUCACGGUCACCAACAAGCCUGCCACCACCUCCGCUGGCAACCAGGCUGCCGGAUCCUCCACUGCCGCUGGUAGUGCUAAGACCACCGUCCCUGUUAUCCCUGUCAGCAUGGGUAAUGCUGCUGCCGUCUCCAGCUUCUUGGCUGCCGCCGGUGCUGCCGUGGCCUUCUUCCACCUCUUCUGA